AUGAAGGCGUCCGCCGUUUUAUGGCCAUCGCUCUGCGCGACCCUGGCCCGCGCAUCGUGGGUUCCCGUCGCGCCGGCGCUCUCUCCAGGCUUGGAACCGCGUUGGCGGGCCCAGAUCAACCGCCAUCAAGGAAACUCGAGCGGAGAGUGGCCUUACGGGCCGUUCAAAACUAGGGGCAGAGAUGUAGUCAACAGCCGCGGCGAAGUUAUCACUUGGGCUGGCGUGAACUGGCCAAUGAGUGGCGAGACGAUGAUCCCUGAGGGGUUGGAAUGGAAGUCUGCCGAGGCGAUCGUAGAUGACAUCGUCAGCGUCGGCUUCAACUAUAUCCGCAUGGGCUACGCAAUCCAGAUGGUCGACGAGAUCUACGAGCGGGGCGGCGAGGACGUGCCGCUGGAAGUGGCCAUGAUAGUGGCACUCGGGUACGAGAACGGCACGCGGGUGACGGACGAGAUCGUGGCGCGGAACCCGGGCUGGACGCGGCAGACGACGCGGUUCGAGAUCUGGUCAGACAUCACACGGAUCGCGGCGACGCGUGGCGUGUAUGUGCACCCAGACGUGCAUGUCAGCAAGGCGCAAUGGUGCUGCAGCCACACGGACGGCAACGCGUGGUUCGACGACGUGCACUUCGAGGCGGCGGCGUGGCGGCGGGGGCUCGCGUACGUGGCGACGUGGGCCCGAGACCACCCGAACGUGGUGUCGAUGUCGCUGCGCAACGAGCUACGCGAGUCAUGGAACCGCACGGCGCUGCAGUACAACUGGGUCACGCUCGUGGGGAACAUGAGCGCCGGCGCGGACGCGAUCCACGCCGCGAACCCGGACCUGCUGAUCUCGUGGUCCGGCAUGCAGUACGACCAGGACCUGUCGGCGCUGACGGCGCGCCGCAACCUGCUCUCGGCGCCGUGCUACCGCUGCACGGCGAUCCGCGACGCGGCGCGGCGGGCGCCGGCGUACUUCGACCUGGGCGCGCACCCGUGGGGCGACAAGGUGGUGUGGGAGCUGCACCUGUACCCGAUGAGCGAGGACGUGGACACGGGGACGUGCGAGGUGAUCGAGGCGGCGCUGUACCGGAACGGGUUCAACGCGCUGGGCAUCGCGGCGCCGUCGCCGGGGUGCGAGAUCCUGGCGGCCGGCGACGACGGCGCGAACCCGUGCGAGCCGGCGGCGCGGCUGACGCCGGUGCUCUUCUCCGAGUUCGGAAACGCGCAGGACGCGAGCCUGUACAGCAGCACAGUGCAGGAGUGCGUGCGCGCCUUCACGCGCCGCCACCGCGUCAGCUGGAUGAUGUGGAGCCUCGCCGGCAGCUACCGCGCGCGCUCCGGCGCCCAGGGCGUGCCCGACACCUGGGGCCUCACCUCCUACGACUGGUCCGCCUGGCGCGACCCGGAUACCAUCGAGAACUACUGGAAGCCCUGGGUCGCCAGCAUGAACGUGACCAAGUUUACGGGCUGA